AAGCAGACAGGCAGGAAGUCUUCCCCGCUUUCCUGGGGCCAGAAGUCACAGGGGAGCUCUUAUGGAUUCCCAGCAAGCAUCAGGGACCAUCGUGCAGAUUGUCAUCAAUAACAAACACAAGCAUGGACAAGUGUGUGUUUCCAAUGGAAAGACCUAUUCCCAUGGCGAAUCCUGGCACCCAAACCUCCGGGCAUUUGGCGUUGUCGAGUGUGUGCUGUGCACUUGUAAUGUCACCAAGCAGGAGUGUAAGAAAAUCCACUGCCCCAAUCGAUACCCCUGCAAGUAUCCUCAAAAAAUAGAUGGAAAAUGCUGCAAGGUGUGUCCAGGUAAAAAGCCAAAAGAAGAACUUCCAGGCCAAAGCUUUGACAGCAAAGGCUACUUUUGUGGAGAAGAAACAAUGCCUGUGUAUGAGUCCGUGUUCAUGGAGGAUGGAGAGACCACAAGAAAAAUAGCACUGGAGACUGAGAGACCACCUCAGGUUGAGGUCCAUGUUUGGACCAUUCGAAAAGGCAUCCUCCAGCAUUUUCACAUUGAGAAGAUCUCCAAGAGGAUGUUUGAGGAGCUCCAUCACUUCAAGCUGGUGACCAGGACAACCUUGAGCCAGUGGAAGAUAUUCACUGAAGGUGAAGCUCAGAUCAGCCAGAUGUGUUCAAGCCGUGUGUGCAGAACAGAGCUUGAAGAUUUGGUCAAAGUUUUGUACCUGGAGAGGUCUGAAAAGGGCCACUGUUAGACUAGACAGACAGUGUUGGAUAGGGUAAAGCAAGAAAACUCAAGCUGCAGCUGGACUGCAGGCUUACUUUGCUUAAG